ACCAUCCCCGGCCAUCUGAGCCGCUCCAGAGCUCUGACAGUCCUGCGCUGUAGUAAGAAGGGAGUCCACGCAACCCAGAGACUCUGACAAGAUGGCUGCCAUGACUAUAGACCCCAUGGAGCAGCCUCGGAUGUAUCAACAGACUCUGCUUCAGGACGGACUGUGUGACCUCUUGGAGAAUGAUAAGUUUGUGGACUGUGUCCUUAAAAUCCAGGACAGGGAGUUUCCCUGCCAUCGGCUGGUUCUGGCAGCCAGCAGCCCCUUCUUCAAGGCCAUGUUCCUGUCUGAGCUGGAGGAGAGCAAGAAGAGGGAGAUCGUCCUCAAAGAUGUAGAACCAGGAGUGAUGGGGAUGAUCCUGCGCUACUUAUACACCUCUGACAUUAAUCUAACAGAGCAGAAUGUACAGGAUAUCUUCAUGGUGGCUAACAUGUACCAGAUCCCGUCUAUCUUCUCCGUUUGUGUGUCCUACCUCCAGGAGAAGCUCGUUCUGGGGAACUGCUUGGCGAUCUACAGGCUGGGGCUCCUUCUUGAUUGUCCCCGGCUUGCUCUGGCUGCUAGGGAUUUCAUCUGUGAACGCUACCAGGUUGUAGUCAGGGAUCAGGACUUCCUACAGCUGGGCCCGAGCGAGCUGGCCAUCAUCAUCACCUCAGAUGCCCUUAAUGUGGAGCGAGAGGAGGUAGUGUUUGAGUCCCUGAUGGAGUGGGUCAAACAUGACGAGACAAACCGAUUGAAGGACCUGCCCGAGCUGCUGCACUGCAUCCGCUUCAGACUCAUACCGCUAGAUUACUUUAAAGAGAAAAUAGAGCACCAUCAGUACAUACGCUUCAGCCAGGAGCUCAAGAAAGAGCUGGAUCUCGUCAAGGAUGCCCACAAAGGCCGCCUCCCAAAGCCCAGGAAGCCCAGCAGUGAUGGGGCGACAGGAGGAGAAGGAAAUGAUGAGGAAGAUGAGGAAGAGGAAGGAUACUUGCCGGGGAUACUCAACAACAACCCUCGCUUUGGGAUGUUUGAGUUGGAACUGAUACUGAUGAUCAGUGACACGGGGACUGUGGCCUACGAGCCGAUAGGGAACGAAUGUUUUGUGGUGUCAGAGUCGACAGAAAUCCCCAAGAAUCACUGCAGCCUGGUGACCGAGGAGAACCAGGUGUUUGUUGUUGGAGGACUUCUCUACAACGAGGAGGACAAAGAUGAUCCUUUCAGCUCCUAUUUCCUACAGUUUGACCCAGUGAGUUCAGAGUGGUUAGGGAUGCCAUCACAGCCGAGCCCUCGAUGUCUGUUUGGGCUGACUGAAGCUGAAAACUCCAUUUUUGUUGUGGGAGGAAAGGAGCUGAAGGAAGGAGAGCACGCCCUGGACUCAGUUAUGAUCUAUGACAGACAAUCAUUCAAAUGGGGAGAGUCGGACCCUCUGCCUUACAAAGUGUACGGACAUGGGACUGUAUCACACAACGGUCUGGUCUAUGUCAUUGGAGGGAAGUCUGACAGCAAGAAAUGCAUGAGGAGAGUUUGUGUUUACAACCCAACAAAGUUUGAGUGGAAGGACCUGGCUCCUCUGAAGACGGCCCGCUCUCUGUUUGGUAUCACAGUCCACGAAGACCAGAUCUUUGUGGUGACGGGGGUCACAGAUUCCGGCCUCACCAGCUCUGUGGAGGUCUACGACAUCGCCACCAAUGAGUGGUCAGAGUUCACAGAGUUCCCUCAGGAGCGUAGCUCUCUCAGUCUGAUCUCCAUGGGAGGUUUCCUGUAUGCUCUGGGAGGCUUCGCCAUGAUGCCCAGUGAGACCAGUGAGGAGCCCAUCCCCACAGAGAUGACCGACAUCUGGAGGUACGAUGAAUCAGAGAAGUGCUGGAACGGGAUUUUGCGAGAGAUCAGCUACGCAGAGGGAGCCACCAUCCUGCCCGUGCGUCUCAACACUCUGCGUCUCAGCAAGCUAUAAGUGAACUGGAAAAAGCUACGCCAGGGAGAAAAUGAGAGAACUUCUGAUGGACACUGAUGUGAAAAUUGGCUUUGAGUGCAGGAAGAUUUGGACCGAGGAGGGGAGAGAGAUGUAUCUUCUAUUUCUCAGCAGGGGGAGACAGAUACAUACUGAGUAUAUGACAGUAGAGGUGAAUGUAAUGAGUUAGAAAUUUCACUCCAAUUGUAUUUUAUAAAAAGAUAAAAUGUUGAUUUGUAAAUGAGUUUUUUUUUCUUAUCUUGUUUCUGAAACUUUCUUUGCUUUAUUUAAUGAAGAAAUAAAGACAUGGAUGUAAAAAUCUAAAACAGGGAGUGUUCACAGUGCAAAGACUUUUAUUCAUAUUCAUUUAACAUUUUGUUCAAUGUAAUCUUUACAGCUGAUUCCACACAGUGAACAAGACUCUGUAUUUACAGAAAAUAUACACAUUAACAAAGACACAUUAACAUUAUGCACACAGCAUGAGACAGUGUGAGAUGUAAACAUCGAUUUCCAGUUGACACCUGAGCACAAUAAGACAACAAAACAUAAUCUACAUCAGAAAAGUACUCUAUCUACAGUCACACAUUAUGUACAACAUCUGGAUGUGACAGUCUGAGGUACUUCUAUUUAGAUUGAGUUUAAGGUUUACGAACACAGGGAAGGGAAGACAGGAACAAAAGUAAACAUACUACAACAUCACGUGACACAUUCAAGUCUUAAAAUUACUUUUUUAAGCAGGAGAAGCUGAAUAAGUGCUUUAAAUUUUACAUAAUAUAGAAGAAAAGGUUAAAAAAAUGUUUUUUUCAUGAUAAUAAAACCAACAAUAUUCAAAUCCACAGUCAAGCUAACGUCUGUGUGAGGCAGAGCUUUGAGUUUGAUGCCUGCAUGCUCAAAUGCUAACAGUGGCUACAUGAUGUAAAGUUUAUCAUGAUGUAAUCUCUUUAAUCCGUAGGGUUCCUGAGCGUCUCUGUUAAAAGGAGCUCACCAUGAUCAGAGAAACUCACCAUACUGGAUAGAUAGUUGAACCUCUGAUAUGUUCAGCAUUUUCACACCAGAUAUCUGCAUUGAGAACGUUUUAAUCAAUUUAAAUUAACUCACAAGGGCGCCACCAUGUUUUAGUCCCCACUGCAUUCUGGGUAGUGUGAUGUCAUCAGACCACAGAGUUCUUUUGCCCAUAAUAUUUCUAUAUUGAACUAAAAACUCACUAGAUAUCUGCAUUUUAAGUAAAUUUAAGCUUAUAAACUCACCAGGAGGCUGCUGUGUUUUGGUAGUGUCACGUCACUUAGCUGUAGCGCUCCUCGCCAUGCUGCUCUCCCUGCUGUCAUAGCUCUGUCAUUCCUCCUAGGUUUUAAAGCUUCAUAUAUAGUAGAAGUUCAGGGAACAACUUUAUUAAACAGACACAUUUUAGCUCGUGGCUUUCACCUGGUUCAUCAAGAAACAGAUUUCAAACAUAAUCCACCGAUGUGGAUGUACAAAUUAACUACAACUGUGUAAAUAUGGCUCUGUAUUUAUCAUUUUCCCGUCAAGUUUGACCGAUAACCGCUCGUGGUAAGAGAGGGAGACCUUAAAUCGUGAAAUUCUCUGUGUGGUUACUGCAUGGGAACGGCGAGGAGUGUUGCAGCUAAGGUACGUCACACUACCGACCAAAACAUGGUGGCCUCCUGGUGAGUUUGUAAACUCAAAUGACUCAAAAGAUAUCUAUUGAGUUUUUUAGUUCCAUAUGCAUACUAGAGCUACAAAUAUCUCUGAUCAUGCAGUGUUCCUUUUAAGCUGCUUUUGUCAAACUUGAAGAAAUACGACUUUGCAAAAAUCAGUCAGACCUCCUUAAUCACAUUGAAUUGUAAAGCACUUUUAGUUUUACAUAAUAGAUUUAAACUAGGGCUGUCAAAAGAUUUACAUUUUCAAUUGCAAUUAAUUUUAGGAUAUCUGUAGUUAAUCAUGAUUAAUCGCACCCUUUUUGCAAAAAGAUGAAUGUCGAUAACACAAGAUUCAGGUAACUCUUGGCUUGUCUACUGAGCUUUUUGUGAUUUUUUAAAAUUUAAAUAAGGGUUGCAGGUGGCCUAGUGGUUUAAGGUGCGUCCCAUGCAUGGUUAGAGUCCAUCCUGUGGCACCAUUUCCCGUAUGUCUCUCUCCCACUCUCUCGCCCCUGUUUUCAAUUCUAUCCACUGUCCUCCAAUAUUAAUAAAGGCAUAAACGGCCCAAAAAUAUAUCCUUUUAAAAAGGGUAAAUGAGACAUUAAAGGGGACAUAUUUCACCCUUUUAUACAAGUUUAUAUUGGUCUCAGAGUUCCCCAAAACA